UAACAAUGGAGAGAAACCUUCUCGCAUUGUUCAUCCUCCUACUCUUCCUUUUAUUCCUCUGCUUCCCCAUCUCAUCAGAUUCUAUAGAGCUCAGUUCAUCAGCAAGCUUAUUAGACCAAGAACAAGUCCAUGGUGCUACAAUCAAAGACAUAAAAAGAGAAGAAGAAAAGAGCAGCAUACACAUUUUCAGGGCAGGGAAAGGAGCUCAUGGUCAUGGGUUUAGAGGUGGAAGAGGUGGAGGCCGGAAAGCAUCUCCCAAACGUAACACUGCCAUGGACCAUCAACCACAGUUGUUCUUCUCGGUCGUCUCCAUUCUUUUCACCGCCUUUAUAAUGCUUUCUUUAACUUCAUUUCAACAUCUUAUAAGAUGACUAUGCUGUGCCUAUUUGUCUUAACAUGAAAUGUUACCAUGUGUUACUGGGAAUUGGGAAU